AUGUCCAUGAAGGCAGUUGUUUUUCGUGGUCCAUUUGAGAUUGCUGUCGAAGACCGCCCCAGACCGAAGAUAAUCGACCCUACAGAUGCGAUCGUCCGUGUACGAUAUGCCGGAAUAUGUGGCAGUGAGCUCCAUAUGUAUCGAGGACACCAAAAAACAGGAACCGGACAUAUCAUGGGCCAUGAAUUUGUCGGAGUAAUCGAGGAAGUUGGCAGUGAAGUGUCAUUGUUCUCUGUAGGAGAAGAAGUGGUGUCUAUCUUCUCUGCUGUCUGUAUGAAAUGCUGGUUCUGUCGCCGAGGUCUGACCAACCGAUGUGUCAAAGGUACCGCAUUUGGCACGCAGCUCCUGGAUGGAGGACAGGCCGAAUACGCACGAGUACCAUUUGCAGAUGGCACCUUGCAACCCGUUCCCUUCGACCUGGACCACCGUCUUCUGAUCAUGAUGUGUGACAUAUUCCCUACUGGAUACUACGCGGCCUCGCAAGCAAUCCAGAGUCUCAAAACACAGUUUGAGUCAAGGCUCACCAGUUCCACAUCUCCACCGACUGGGAUCCAGAUGACCAACAGCUUUGCCUCAUCAUCCCACUCUAUUCCGGGGCCUGACUUAGCGGUAAAAGAGUCUGUUGUUGUGUGCCUUGGUUGCGGACCAGUAGGCAUUUGUGCCAUAGCUACGGCUCGAUCGAAAGGCGUGGGGACCAUUUUCGCCAUUGAUGGGGUCGUAGAUCGCUUGAAGAAAGCCGAGAAUUUCGGCGCGAUCCCGCUGAUUCUGGGGCAAGACGAUGUCAAAGCACGCGUGCUAGCAGCGACAGAAAACAGAGGCGCAGACGCCGUUAUUGAACUCGUCGGCAACACAUCUGCCUUGCAAUCGGCCUUUGAACUCCUGCGACCAUGCGGCGUACUUUCCUCUAUUGGCUUUCACCAGGGCAAUUUGCCAUUCACGGGACUGGAUUGCUAUCUCAAGAAUAUCAAUGCCCAUUUUGGUCGAGUCCCAGUCAGGACUGUGUUUCAUGACGCAUUGCAGUGUCUGAGAGAAAAUAAGGAACAGAUGAAAGACUAUAUCACGCAUGAACUGCCUCUCAGUGAGGCCGCAGUUGGUUACCAUCUAUUUGAACAGCGAAAGGCGCGAAAGGUAAUCCUGCAGGUGUCAGAGUAG